AUGCAUAUUGGGGAGUUGCCCUGGGUCCACUAUCACUCCAAUAUAAUGAAAUAUUUGCCUCAUCGAUGGAGUAAUUUACGGGAUACCAAAUUUCGUGCUGCACGUAUUGAGAAACAAUUGGAUGACAAACCUGGAGAGCAAGGAGACUCAAGACCCCACCCAAUACGGAGUGCUCUUGAAUCUGACCACCUCACUGGUUAUGCCCAUGGUGGGCAGCGACCUCACAACCCGCAUGACCACAUCCCAGAUCCUAAUGCCAUUGUCACUCACAAUCAGUUUGGCAUUGAGAUCCUCAACUUAAUGUCUGGCCGACCUAUCACCAAAAUUAUUUUGCCCAUUGAAAGUGCCACCUAUGUGGAUUUUGAAGGGGAUACCAGUAUUGAAGUGGUUGGAUCGGGUGGUGCUGGUAGCCGGAAUCCUUGCUACGUUGACGUCCACAAGAUAUAUCCGGAGAAAGAAAGUAUAAAUCAGAUUGCUGUGUGUGUCACCAAAAGACUCUUCUGGUCACGAUCAUGGAGCUAUGAGGAAGAUGCUAACCGAUUUCUGGCACCGCUUGUUGUCAAGAGUGUUGCCAAAAAGACAGGAAUCCUUCAGCACUUAAUGGGACAUCGUCUACCCACUGGUAAAACUACAUAUGACAUCAUUUCUGUGUCUAGUUCAGGAAGAGUCACUUCUCAUUCAUCAGAAGGAGUUUAUCAGUGGCAGACUCAAACAACAGCAUCGUGGGCUGAAGAAGGUAUGAAAGCAUUGAAAGACAAAGUUAGUGACCCUGGGAGAUGGGCAAUCUACAUGAAAUCAUUUCUACCUAAUUACCAGGCUUUGUCACUUCAAGUUUUUGGAGCAAAGGAUGCUUUAAUCUUGGCUGGUUGGAGAAAGUUGGUACUUCUGGAUCUCAAGGAAGGAACCCUGCUUGCUUCUCACACGUUGCCUUGUCACCCUACUGCUCCACUUGUUGUUGGAGAUUUCAAUAAUGAUGGUUGGAAUGAUUUUAUCCUUACUUGCAAAUUAGGGUACAUUGGAUUUUCUGUGGAGAAGAUGUCCAGCUAUCUGUACACAUUGAUGUAUGCAGCUACUGUUUUUUUAUCUAUCAUGGUACUUACCUGGUUACUACAUGCUGAAGACCAAAUACCAGAUGAUAUUGAUUAA